AUGUACAGAGAAAUAACUGAGCCGGGGACAAGAUUUAAGGAAAUUAUACUUAGAAGGUUUCCUCAAGAUUUUGUAUUAGAGGGAGAGCAGUUUGGGGACCCUAUCUACAAUAAGGCUCUUGAAAUUCUUUGCCCUGUCCUAACCAGCUAUCCCGCUGACUACCGGUUUCGUGGUAAUAGCAUUUAUUAUGAUUCCAAAGCAAAACCAAAUUACCUCUGUUUAAUUGCUUCCCAUUACGCCGCUCUUGGAUUCCUUUUCUACACAACCAUCAAUUCAAAAAUUCUUUGUCAAAAUAUUCUUGGUCGUCGGUGGACUAAUCGUCAAGAUAAGAUAGCACUUUGGCGUGAAGUGAUUAACCUAAACCCGGAUUCACUUAAACACGAAGAAAAUGGCGAGCUCCAGUUUAGAGGAACUAUUCAAACGGAUGGAGUAGGUGUAACUGUGAUCAAGAAAAUAGGGGAUCGUGAGAGCAGAUACACCGAUCGUUUUGCUGUUGUGGUAGAACCAAAUCAGUACAUUUUACGAGAGAUUGCCCAAGAAACUGUUGGAAGAUGUGUUACGAUUGAUCCUGGACGAAGAGAUUUGCUAUUCUUUGUGCAUCAAAAGUCAACCGCAAACAAUCCAGUCAAGUUUCACUUUACUAAACAAGUAACAACUGCCGAAAGGCUUUUGAUUAAUCACGAUUCCUUGAAUAGAGAUAAAGUUGAACAUUAUCUUGCAAACAGGUCUAAUAUGACAGGCAUCAUCCAAAACCAAUAUGUCAACUUCCGAAUUAAUCAUCGUACUGCUCAUCCCAUGCACAGAAAACUGCGGCUAUCUGCCUAUUUUAAAAAGCAGCAAGGAAACGAGGAUCUUAUUUCAAAACUAGAUGAACAGUUCGGUGUUGAAGCUGUUUAUGUUAUGGGACAACUCAGUGCUGCCCAGCUUGUAAACGUAGAAGUCUUGAAACGUUUCCGAUGA